AUGACUAGUGAUUUACCUUUUGUUUCAAAUCAGCCGUUUGAAAAUAUUGAGUCAACUAAAAAAAGAAACUUUAAAGGCUUAUUUCUCGUGGGAUUAACAGGUAAAUAUGCAUAUUUAAUAUUUAUAUUAUUAUAUUAUAUUAUACAUGUGUUUGAUUUAUAUGUUUUUCAUAAGAUUUGAAUGUAUUUUUUACCAUUUUCAGUAUAUUUUGUUACACAAAUAACAAUUAUAAUUUUAAUUUAAUCAUUUGAUGUGUUUAGGUGGAGCUUCUAUUGCAUUAAGCAUAGUAUGUUAUCCAUUUGUAUCGCCAGCUUUACGAAAAGUAUGUUUACCAUAUGUCCCAGCAACUAAUAUGCAAAUUCAAAAUGUUUUAAGUGUAAUUAAAGGACGCAAAGGAAAAUUAGUAGACCUGGGUAGUGGUGAUGGAAGAAUAGUAUGUUAUUUAUUUAAUUUAUAUUAGUCUAUGUAUGUAACACAUAGAACUAUUUUUGUGUAGGUCAUGAACACUGCAAAAGCUGGUUUUGAAUCAGUUGGUGUAGAACUUAAUUUUUGGUUAGUUUUAUAUUCACGUUUAGUCGCAAUAAAGUCUUCAGUUCAACCAUCUCCAAAAUUUGUUAGAACUGAUUUAUGGAAAUACCAUUUGAAACCAUUUUCAAAUGUUGUUAUAUUUGGUGUUGAAGAAAUGGUUAGUAUAAUAAUUAAAUUAUGCUUUUUAUGACCCGUUUCGUAAAACCGCUUAUAUUUUAUAGAGUUUAUGUAAUCAUCAACUCAUUAUAAAUACAAUAUCUUAUGUUUUAAAUGUGGGGAUGUGAAAAGAUCAGUCCUAUAUUGAGCCUUAAUAGACCAAAAAGCAUAAGCGACACUUAACUAAAAUUACCUUUUGAUGUCAAAACAUUUAAAAAAAAUCAAUUUUAUCAACAAUAGAAUGGUGUGAGUAAUUAUUUUACAUACUUCAUUAGAAAUUAAUGACUUUUUCUUUCAGUUAUUGAAUUUUUUGUUAAAGUGUAAAGUUGUAGGUAAAAUGGUUGAGUUGCGAAAGCAUAAAUUCUAUCGCUUUCGUCAAUAGUUAUAGUCGUACAUGAUAUAGAUGAGUGGUAUACACGCUAAUAUUGAUGUUAAAACAAUCUCUAAUAGUGGCAUCUAUAUGUUAGACAAAGUUCAAUGAGAAUAUUUGUAUUUAUUAUAUUACCUAACCUGGGCAAUAUUUAAUUUUAUUGGAUUUUCAAAAUCCUUUCAAGAAGGAUUUGGACUUGAAUAUUCAUUAUCCAUUUAAAUUUUAUGUUGAGAUUAUGAUUGGUAAAUAUUACCAUCAAGCACAAUAUAAUUAUUUUUUUAUCUUUGGUGAUACUGUCUAGCUAUAAAUUGAUUUAUAAUCAUGCCAGAUAAAUAUUACUGUUUAAUAAAUGAUAUAAGAUAUUUUUUAUUAAAUAUCCUGACCAUGUAAAUAAGUUGGUAAAAAUAAAACCAACUGGUAACUACUACAUUAUUGAUUUUUAGGCCUUAAUUAAACAAUAGACCAUCUUAUAUUUAUAUAUAAUUAUAGUUCAGUUAAUGGAGCACCAAAAAAGACUUGCUUUACAUUGAAUAUGGAAAUGUUGAAACUUGGCUUUAUUUUUGUAUGAUAUAUUUUUAUCGUAAAGGUAAUAAUUUGUAUGAUAUUACUAAAAAACCAUACAAUUUUUCUUAGAUAGCGAAAAUUUAUGAAUCUCUAAGUGAUGGACAAUUUUUUCAACUAGCCAGGAUAAAACUUUUUGCCGAGUUUCAAAACUUAAUUAUUUAACACAAAGCAAAAUCCUCCAUUAUCUGGACUACUUUUUUUGAAAAUUUGUUUAGAUGUUGGAUUUGGAAAACAAGUUUCUAACAGAAUUGUCCGAUGGAACAGUAAUAGUAGCCUGUCGCUUUCCACUUCCAAAUUUAGAACCUUAUUUAAUCAUUGGCACAGGAAUAGACAAAGUUUGGGCCUAUAAAAUAUGCAAGGUCAAGUCAUAAUUCAUUGAAGAUUGUUUUUAUAGGUAAUCAUUGAAUUUAUAUAAUUUAUUUUUAAAAUACACAAAUAUAUUUUUCCUUUUGUUAAAUAAAAUUGUUCAAUUGUGUUUGAAAAUCACAAUUUGGUUAUUAAAAAUUCAUAAUUUGUUAAAAUAAAAAUGUAAUAAAACAAAUUAUUAAUUAUUAAUGCUAAAUAAUUGAUUAGUAUUACAAUUUCUUAAAGAAAUACAUGUAAACAUAUUAUUAUGUAAACAACACUAUAGUGUGUAAAAUACUCGAUGGAUGGACAGGAAGCUAUUAAUAUUUACUAUUUAGAAUGUUUGGUAAGGGUUUAUUGUCAGUGUCAAUAGUUAAGGAGAAAAAAAACUAUCAAUAAUAGUAUAUAAAUGUACACUGUUAUAAAAAAAAAUUCAGUGAAAAAAAACACUAACUAUAUUAAAAUACAAAAGAAAAAAAUAAAUGUGACCAUGUUUCAGAAUAUGCUAACAGGAAUCAGACCUAGAACCCAAUCACUUGAACUAAUACAUCUAAUGCUUUUUGUAGAUUACUUUAUUAUUAUGAACAAAGGUCUUUUCAUGGGUACAUAAGUUUACAAGUCAAUUUUAAAAUAUUAUAUUAUGUACAGUGAUGAAUGACAUUCUAAAAUUUCAGAUUUUUUUGGGCUUGUGAAAUUUAAAUUUCAAGCUGUACUUUUGUUUAUUUACAUUUUCUCGUCUUUGAGUCAGCAAAGAAAGAAGUAAAUGGUGAGAGGAGGGAGAAUGGUUUAUUUGAAGUAAAGGUUCUAGGACUGUUGGAGGGGGACUGAUUUAAGAGAAUUCUACAUAUAGAUUGUUGUCUCUGUCCGUCUCAUUGUAAUGUAGCAACAUUCUUCAACGAUUCUGAAUCUCUGGUUGAUUUUAAGGCCCACAGAAAAAAAAACAUGUAUGUGGAGACCUCUUAAGGACUAAAAUGGAAAGUUCCUGGGGAUGUAAAAAUACUUCUUAACUAGAGGUUUCGGACAAUCAUUAGUUGGUCUCAAAUAUUCAGUUCCUGAGAAGAUUAAAAUACUACCCAACGGGAAGCUCUGGAUAGGUAUCAAAUGCGACUUAAAUAUUUGGUUCUGUCACUGUUUGUGCUGUUGGAUAGGUAAUUAGUUUCAGUUAAAAUAUAACAUAUUUGCAUAAAGAAUGUAUAAUUUAAUGAGCUAUAAUAAGCAACUCAUAAUAAGUAAUGUCAAUUAGUACUUAUACAUUAGAACGACUACAAUACAAAUUAUAUGAUUGUAUGUUUAGUCACAACCCCUAAAUGUUUUUGGAUAAAACAAUAUAAUAAUUAUAAUAUUCAUCAUCAUAAUCUUGCCUGUCAUUUAUGGUGCAUUGUUCAGUUCUGGACGGGCCAAGACAAUCAACUAAAAUAUAUUGUAAUUUAAUCAAACAUAUAUUUUAUUUGUUCAAUGUUGAGACCAGAUGGUUGAUAGGAUGUCGAUAGUGGCCACAUAAAGAGGACCAUCCAUAAUUUCUAACACCACGCAAAAUGAACUGUUUUGAGAUGAUAUCAUUACAACUAAGAACGUGUACUUCCAAAACAUUGUUUUAUAAUUUCAAUUUCUUUUUUUUUUUACUUCUAAUUAUUAGCAUUUGAGUUAAGUCUUAUUAGCAUUCCACACCAGUAAUAGUACUUGUCUAUAUAGUGACACACAAGAGUAUUAAUAAAGUAUAUUAAUAUUUUUACUAACUAAUAAUUUUGUACAUGUCUUUACUAGGUAGGAACUGA